AAAACUCCUACGUGGUUAGGACCAUUUCACAUGGAUACCUAAUUUAAUGAUGUAAUUGUUAUAAGUGCUCUUUGGGGAACUAAUGGACCUGAGCGAAGUUCCCAUUCCGGCAUUCUCUUGCAUUCGUAUGACAGUGGGUGCUACACGGCAGAUGAUUUUUCACCAUCUACCAUAAUGUGGAUGAACAAACAAUUUGUAUUUUAUCUCCUGCUUUUGUCAGCUUUUGUGAGCAAGACGAUAUACGGACAAAAAAAGAAAGGAUCAAAGUUCAAUUUACUUGCAAGAAGAAAUCAUCUCCAGGAUUCCACUUGCUUCAUAGAUCUUAUUUUCAUCGUGGACAGCUCUGAAAGUUCUAAAAUUUUUCUCUUUGACAAACAGAAAGAUUUUGUGGAUAGCUUGAGUGAUAAGCUUUUCCAAUUGACCCCAGUUGGCUCCUUGAAAUAUGACAUCAAACUGGCAGCCCUUCAGUUUAGCAGCUCUGUCCAAAUUGAUCCACCUUUCUCCUCAUGGAAGGAUCUACACACUUUUAAACAGAGGGUGAAGUCUAUGAAUUUCAUUGGGCAAGGUACUUUCUCUUACUAUGCCAUUGCCAAUGCCACGAGGCUCCUUAAGAGAGAAGGGCGUAAAGACAGUGUGAAAGUGGCUUUGCUGAUGACUGAUGGCAUUGAUCAUCCGAAGAAUCCAGAUGUUCAGAGUAUUUCUGAAGAUGCCCGAAAUGCAGGAAUAAUAUUUAUCACCAUUGGACUUUCUACUGUGGUCAAUGAAACCAAGCUUCAUUUGAUAUCUGGGAAUUCACCUGGUGAACCUAUUCUACUGUUGAAUGAUUCAACCCUGGUAGAUAAAAUUCAGAAUCGCCUGGAUACCUUAUUUGAAAAGAAGUGUGAACGCAAGAUUUGUGAAUGUGAGAAGGGGGAUCCAGGCGAUCCAGGGCCUCCUGGCACACAUGGAAACCCAGGUAUCAAAGGUGAGCGAGGACCAAAAGGAAACCCGGGUGAUGCUCAAAAAGGGGAACCUGGAGAAAGAGGCCCAGGGGGAAUCCCUGGGUACAAGGGUGAGAAGGGUGAACUCGGAGAAUGUGGCAAACCAGGAGUUAAAGGUGACAAAGGAUCUCCAGGGCCAUAUGGACCAAAGGGUCCCAGAGGACUUCAGGGCGUUACUGGACCUCCAGGGGAUCCAGGCCCAAGGGGGUUUCAAGGCAACAAGGGGGAGCCUGGUCCUCCUGGUCCUUAUGGUCCUCCGGGAGCCCCUGGUAUUGGUCAGCAAGGUAUUAAGGGGGAAAGAGGCCAGGAAGGAAGAACAGGGGCUCCAGGACCGAUUGGUGUUGGUGAGCCAGGCCAGACAGGUCCUCGUGGUCCUGAGGGAGCACCAGGAGAGAGGGGCUUACCAGGAGAAGGAUUUCCAGGACCAAAGGGUGAAAAAGGUUCUGAAGGACCAGUUGGCCCACAAGGAUUACAAGGCCCAUCAAUCAAAGGGGACAAGGGGGAUUUGGGACCUGUAGGACCCCAAGGACCAAUGGGCAUCCCUGGAAUUGGCAGUCAAGGGGAACAGGGAAUCCAAGGUCCUAUUGGUCCACCUGGUCCACAAGGGCCCCCAGGACAAGGCUUACCUGGUCCCAAGGGAGAAGUAGGCCAGAUAGGACCUACAGGUCCUAGAGGAUCAGUGGGAGUUGGAGUACAAGGUCCAAAGGGGGAGCCAGGCUCAACAGGACUCCCAGGACAGCCAGGAGUACCAGGAGAAGAUGGAGCAGCAGGCAAGAAGGGAGAAGCAGGGCUUCCAGGAGCAAGAGGCCCUGAAGGACCACCUGGAAAAGGACAACCUGGUCUCAAGGGGGAUGAAGGAAAGAAAGGGAGCAAAGGAAAUCAAGGACAGAGGGGAUUUCCUGGGCCAGAAGGACCGAAGGGUGAUCCAGGAAUUAUGGGCCCUUUUGGAAUGCCUGGAGCAUCAAUUCCUGGACCACCUGGGCCAAAGGGAGAUAGAGGAGGACCUGGGAUGCCUGGAUUGAAAGGAGAACCUGGAAUUGCUAUUCGAGGACCAAAGGGUGCCCAAGGCCCUCGGGGACCAGUGGGUGCUCCAGGACUCAAAGGCGACGGCUAUCCUGGUGUGGCUGGCCCACGAGGAUUACCAGGACCUCCUGGACCAAUGGGUUUACGUGGAGUUGGAGACACUGGAGCCAAGGGAGAGCCUGGUGUCAGAGGCCUUCCAGGCCCUUCUGGGCCUCGGGGUAUAGGAAUUCAAGGGCCAAAGGGUGAUACUGGGCAGAAAGGCUUGCCUGGCCCUCCUGGCCCCCCUGGCUAUGGAUUACAAGGAAUCAAAGGAGAGCAAGGACCUCAAGGCUUUCCAGGGCCAAAGGGCAUGACAGGCCUUGGGCUCCCUGGCCAGAAGGGAGAGCAUGGAGAACGGGGCGAUGUGGGAAAGAAAGGUGAUAAAGGGGAAAUUGGAGAUCCCGGAUCUCAAGGAAAACAGGGGUUGCAAGGACCAAAAGGAGACCAAGGGCUUACAAAAGAAGAAAUCAUCAAACUUAUUUUUGAAAUAUGUGGUUGUGGGCGUAAAUGCAAAGAGACUCCGCUAGAGCUGCUCUUUGUGAUCGACAGCUCAGAAAGCGUGGGGCUGGAGAAUUUCCAGAUCAUCAAAAACUUCGUGAAGACUCUGACGGACGGGGUUGCUCUGGACCUUGCCACGGCCCGCAUAGGCAUCAUCAACUACAGCCAUAAGGUGGAGGAGGUGGCUCAUCUGACACAGUUCUCCAGCAAGGACGCUCUCAAGCGGGCGGUGGACAACAUGCAGUAUCUGGGGGAAGGCACCUACACGGCCACAGCUCUCCACGCCGCCAACCGCAUGUUCGAAGCCUCGAGGCCGGAGGUGAAGAAGGUGGCCUUGGUCAUCACAGAUGGACAGACAGAUACCCGGGAUGAAAAGAAUCUGACAGAUGUGGUGAAGAACGCCAGUGAUAUCAAUGUGGAAAUAUUUGUGAUUGGCGUGGUGAAGAAAAAUGACCCCAACUUUGAGAUGUUCCACAAAGAAAUGAAUCUAAUUGCUACCGACCCAGAUAGUGAGCACGUUUAUCAGUUUGAUGACUUCAUUACUCUUCAAGAUACCCUGAAGCAAAAAUUGUUUAAAAAAAGUUGUGAGGAUUUUGAAUCCUACCUCUUCCAAGUUUUGGGUUCACCACUGCUUGAACCUGGAUUUGGGCUAUCAGGGGAAGAACUCAGUGAAGCCACUCCAGAGCCCCGGAAAGAAACUUCUGAGUAUGUCAGUGUCCCAGGAGCCCAGAACAGAGAGAAUGAGCCUUCAGAGCCCACCUGGACUGCCAGCCUGGCCACCACUCCCUUUUCUGAGACCAUCCCUACCCCCACACCCCCUGAGGAUCAGGCAGAGGAUCUGGAAACCAGAACUCCAAGGCCCACUUUGAACUUUGAUCCAGAAAAAUUGGUGCAUAAAGAUCCUAGGUGUUUGGAACCCCUAGAGCCAGGAAACUGUGGUGAAUAUGUGGUUCGAUGGUAUUACGACGAGCAGGUCAACUCCUGUGCCCGCUUUUGGUUCAGUGGCUGUAAUGGUUCAGGAAAUAGAUUCAACAGUGAAAAGGAAUGUCGAGAAAUCUGCAUUCAAGAAUGAGCAAGUAAAUCACCCUGUACUGAGUCAAAUCUGUGCCUUUAUCAACAAGCCUAGGAAGAACCUCUGUAAUUUCAAUAUUUACCCAAUACAAAUAAAACACCGUAUUUUUUGAGUGUGA